AUGAGUCCACUUGUACCCUUCCUCUGCGCACAGGUCCCCGCCUUCGUCCUACAGUUUGGCAUAACAUUGGACGUGCGGGCUCCAUGGAAUUUUGCCACCUGCGCCGCGGUUCUCAUCGUCUGCUUGACUUGCAUUCAGCACGCUAAGACCGAUAUUCUUUUCCUCGAUUACUUCAUCGGCAUGGCAAUUGCUGGCCUUGCCAUGGAUGCUAUACACAUGACAUUGCUUGUCCGACCCCUUCAUACCUUCCAUCAUCGGAAGCAAAUAAAGCCAGCGCAUGAACUCCCUUGGGUCGAGAAAUUUAUUUGGGCCACACAAUUGUGCGGUUCACCUAGAGGAGUGGGCUGGAAUCAUCAGGUGAAAAACAUGCCUGAGCACUCUGGGGAGUCAAAGCAAGACUUUGUCUAUUCCCGUUUAAUGAAGGCAGCGAAACACCUCCUGUGGUUUGACCUCGCACAAUUCUACAUUAGGCAUGACCCGGCGUCCAAGUCCGCUGCAGCCUUCGCAUCCCAGAUUUUCAUCCGUCGCAUUCUCGGCUGCGGCGCGUGUAUGGUGAUGUAUUAUUGUGUGGGCGUUACUAUCCACGCGUUGAUCUCAGCUCUUAUUGUGAGCUGUACGUCGUCUGAACCGGGCUCCUGGCCCGAUUUAUUUGGUAAUUGGGAGGAUGCAUACACGAUCAGACAAUUCUGGGGUCGAACUUGGCACCAAUUCCUCCGACGCUUUCUGGUCCCCUUUGGCCAAAAAAUGGCAUCGUUUCUCGGCUUUAAGUCCGGAACAAAUGGAUCGUCCUACACGCAACUUUACACCGCGUUUUUCGUCUCUGGCAUUGCUCAUUUAGGAGGGGACGCAGUCAUCAACUCCUCUCGCAUCGGCGUUUCGUUCCCUUUCUUCAUAUAUCAGGCACUCGGCAUUACGUUUGAGGAUAUGGUUAUAGCUACUGCACGGCGUGCAGGAGUGAAGGAGACGAAAGGGGCGCGUAUGGUGGGGUAUAUAUGGGUGAUUUGUUGGUUUAUUUUUACUGCGAUGCCUUGGGUCACUGCUGUUGGCGUUGCCGGGGUAGAAGUGCAUUCGUCUAGUUCUCAUCUUCCUUCGUCGCUCCUGACCAUCGUGCUGACCAGUCCAUCUGGUGAUGAGAGUGGGGCAGCGACCCAGCACAGGAGAAAUUAACCUCGAAGACUGUGCAAAACUACGUGGACUCACUGAUACAGAAACGACACGACGCAGAAACUCGAAUUCCUCUCCUACUCAACUUACUUUCUUUCCGGAAUUUUCAGAUAGCACAGCUCCAGGCACCCCUCGCCGUCGCAUUGUCUCUCUGCCGCCCCACCUAGAACGCCAACAUUCCCCCGAAUUUAUAUCGGAG